ACGGAGCAAAACAUAAAAAUCCCUUUUGCAAUUACGAGGAAACUAAAUCAGAAUGGGAACCAACAAAGGAUAAAGAAUCUACGGCUAGAAUCUCAUCAGUCAAAAAAGGAAAUGGUUUAGACAGUUGUCGUUCCCACCAACUUUCCCACACUAUAUAAUCUCCACUUCUUACACAGUACCGGUGCGGUGCCCCCGUGCUGCCCAAAAACUAAAAAUCCCCCCUUUAUUUUCUCUUCGUUCUCUCUUUUAUUUUUAUUUUAUCAGCAAAAAAAUUCAAAAAAAAACUUGUCAGUUUUUUCGCUUUUAUGUUUAUCAUUCACAUUUUUUGAUAAAAAAAGGAUAAAAAAAAAAGGAGGUAAUGGCUGCGCAGGUUCAAGUGCAAUUUCAGGCGUCACCACAGCAGCAGCAGGUGGUGAAUGAAGUGACGAGUAAUGGUGUGAAUGCGACGACGUCUUUAUAUGUUGGGGAUCUUGAUCCGAGUGUAACGGAAUCUCAGCUUUAUGAUUUUUUUAGCCCAGUGGGAGCGGUGGUUUCGGUUAGGGUUUGCAAAGACCUGAGUACCCGCCGCUCUCUUGGUUAUGGUUAUGUUAAUUACAGCAACACCCAUGAAGCUGCACGGGCGUUGGAUGUACUGAAUUUUUCUCCUCUCAAUGGCAAACCAAUUAGGAUAAUGUAUUCUAACAGGGAUCCUACUGUCCGUAAAAGCGGGGCAGGAAAUAUAUUUAUCAAGAAUUUGGACAAGACAAUUGACAACAAAGCUCUACAUGACACAUUUUCUAUAUUUGGGAAUAUUCAAUCUUGCAAGAUAGCUACUGAUCAUUCUGGCCAGUCCAAAGGAUAUGGGUUUUUGCAAUUUGAUAACGAGGAGUCUGCCAAAAAUGCAAUUGAUAAGUUGAAUGGUAUGCUACUUAAUGACAAACAAGUUUUUGUUGGACCUUUCCUUCGUAAACAGGAAAGAGAGCCUGCUUCAGACAAGGCAAAGUUUACCAAUGUAUUUGUAAAGAAUCUGUCAGAAUCAACAACUGAUGAGGAUUUAAAGAAUGUAUUUGGUGAAUAUGGACCUAUAACUAGUGCUGUGAUUAUGAGGGAUGCAGAUGAAAAAUCGAAAUGUUUUGGAUUUGUCAACUUUGAGAAUCCUGACGAUGCAGCUCGGUCUGUUGAUUCACUCAAUGGAAAGAAGUUUGAUGGUAAAGAAUGGUAUGUUGGGAAGGCUCAGAAGAAAUCUGAAAGAGAGAUGGAAUUGAAAGGGCUGUAUGAGCAGAGUUUAAAGGCAACAGCCGACAAAUUUGAAGGACUGAAUUUAUAUGUUAAAAACCUAGAUGAUAGGAUCAAUGAUGAUAAGCUUAGGGAACUGUUCUCAGAAUUUGGUACAAUCACUUCAUGCAAGGUUAUGUGUGACCCUAGUGGUAUAAGUAGAGGCUCAGGCUUUAUUGCCUUUUCAACUGCUGAAGAAGCAUCUCGAGCUCUCAUGGAGAUGAAUGGUAAAAUGGUAGUUAGCAAACCACUUUAUGUUGCACCUGCUCAAAGGAAAGAAGAAAGGAGAGCUAGGUUGCAGGCACAAUUUUCUCAAAUGCGCCUUGGUGCAAUGGGACCUACUGGUGGCCCUCAGAUGCCCAUUUAUCCUCCUGGUGCUCCAAGUCUUGGACAGCCACUCUUUUAUGCUCAAGGCCCUCCUGCCAUAAUUCCUCCCCAACCUGGAUUUGGGUAUCAGCAGCAACUAGUUCCUGGAAUGAGGCCAAAUUUUUUCAUGCCAAUGGUUCGGCCAGGACAGCAGAAUCAACGCCCAGGAGGCAGAAGAUAUGGAGCUGGGCCAAUGCAACAAACUCAACAACCACUUCCCUUCAUGCAGCCACAGAUGCUUCCUAAGGGCCGUGGCUACAAUUAUCCCCCAGGUCGCAACAUGCCUGAUGUUCCAAUUCGUGGUGUUCCUGGAGGUAUGCUUCCUAUUCCUUAUGAUAUGGGUGGAAUGCCAUUCAGAGAUACUACAUUUUCACAGCCCAUGGCAACUGGGGCUCUUUCUUCUGCUCUGGCAAAUGCAACACCUGAACAACAGAGGACACUGCUUGGAGAAAAUAUAUUCCCACUUGUAGACCAGCUGGAACAUGAUAAUGCAGCAAAGGUGACAGGUAUGCUCCUAGAGAUGGACCAGACUGAGGUUUUACACUUACUAGAGUCACCCGAAGCCUUAAAAACCAAAGUUGCAGAGGCCAUGGAUGUUCUAAGGAAUGUUGGUCCGCAGCAGCAGCAAGCCAAAACUGCAACUGAUCGGCUGGCCUCAUUAUCUCUAAAUGACAACCUUGUCUCUUGAGUUUAAUGUAUUUGUUGCAUACAUUCAACUUUUUGAUCCUUAACAUCUGUUUCUGGCUUUGAUUUUAUUCUUAGGGAUUUGCUCAAAUAAUUGGAGUCAGCUGGAUUUUACUAGUCUUAAAUUUUUAAGUUGUGUUACUUUACUUUAUAUCUGGACAUAUUUGCAGUUCGCAAGGGAUCUAGUUAAUCAA